GACACGCACGGACAUACCAGAACAAGGCAAGCGAACACAUUUCUUUCCUUUCUAUCUCCCCCCACCGCUCUCGCUCUCCUCCUCGCUCUAGCCGCGACCACGCGACGCCGUGGGCACACGCACAAGCACACGGACCCCCCUCCCCCCUACCCGCUGCCUCCGCCGCGGCUCGCCGGAGAUGGAUGGCUCCGGCAGCUGGGACGCUAUAGACUGGAACCAAAUCGAGGAUCCGAGGCCGCGGAGGUCGGGCCAGGCCGUCAAGGAGAGCAUGGACGACUUCUUGCUCGAGGACGAGGAGGUGCUCGCGCAGGGCCAUGGAGUUGUUCUACUAAACAACCGUGAUGCUGGUACACUUUCAGUUACAAAUUUCCGUCUUCUCUUUGUGAGCCAAGCAAAAAAAUGUGUCAUAGAGCUGGGUACCAUUCCACUGACGACAAUUGAGAAGCUAAAUGACGAUGUGAAACUCCAACCCUUGCCCCACCUCUCUGAUAAGAACCACCCCCGUGAACUUCUUCAAGUAAUUGGCAAAGACAUGAGAAUCAUUGUGUUUGCUUUUAUCCCCAGAACACAGCAGAAAAAUGAAGUGUUUGAUGCUUUGAGGAGAUACACUAAACCUGCUAAUUUGUGGGAUCUAUAUGCAUUUUCUUGUGAUCCAUCCACCAUUAAGCAUGAUUCUGAGCCAAAGUGGCGUCUCUUGAGGGAAUACUUUCGUCUUUUUAGGAGAAGUUUACCGCUACAGGGAGUCGAGGAAGUUUCUUUGUGUAAUGAAUGGUGGAGGCUAACUAGAGUUAAUUCUAGUUAUUCAUUGUGUUCAACUUACCCCUCUGAACUCAUUGUACCAAGAAGCAUAAGUGAUGAAGAUUUAUUUCAAGCCUCCCCAUUUCGAUCAGGCAAGCGCUUGCCUGUUAUUUCAUGGUGUGACCCUGGGUCUGGAGCUGUUCUGGCAAGGUCAUCUCAGCCGAUGGUGGGGUUGAUGAUGAACUUUAGAAACAAUGCGGAUGAGAAGCUUGUCUGUGCUCUCAGCAGCAGAACCAUCGAUGAGAAAGGAUCUCCAAGGAAAUUGUACAUAAUUGAUGCCCGGCCAAGAGCAAAUGCUAUAGCAAAUGGGGCAAAGGGAGGGGGCUCAGAAUCAUCUUCUAACUACCAUAAAUCUGAGGUUCUGUUUUUAGGAAUACAAAACAUCCACACCAUGAGAGAGAGUCUUUCUCGCCUUAGGGACUAUGUGGAUGCUCAUGGCUCAAUUUCAUCAAAUGGGAGCCCUUCAGCUGUAUCUGUUGUUGGAGAUCGGAGGAACCGUGGAUCAACCUGGGGUGGAGGCAAUCUAAAUAGCAUGACAUCAUUUUCUUCAACACUGGGGGAAUGGCUAAACCAUAUCCAGAAUAUUCUGGUUGGUGCUUCAUGGAUUGCUGCACAAAUUUCAGAAGAAGCAGCGUCAGUUCUUGUACAUUGCAGUGAUGGAUGGGACCGCACAACCCAGUUGGUUUCACUUGCUUGUUUAUUGCUUGAUCCCUAUUAUCGAACUUUCAGUGGAUUCCAGGCUCUUGUUGAAAAGGAUUGGUUAGCAUUUGGUCAUCCAUUUGCAGAGAGAAUGGGAGUUCCAACAGUAGCUGAGAAUGGGGGGUCACAGUAUGAGCUACUAAGGCAACCUUCGCUCGGAAAUUUAAGCAGUUCCCCGAGUAGGAACACUUUAGGGCCGCCAGGGCCAUCCUCUAAUUCUCCAGUGCAAUCCCAGACAUCAAACAACACUUCACCAAUAUUGUUACAGUGGCUUGAUUGUAUCUCACAGUUGUUACGUCUGUACCCAUCUGCAUUUCAGUUUUCAUCUAAAUUCCUAGUUGAUUUUAUGGAUUGUGUGCUAUCGUGUCGCUUUGGGAACUUCUUGUGCAAUAGUGAACGAGAAAGGGAGCAAUCUGGUGUCACAAUCUCCUGUCGUUGCAUGUGGUCACAUUUGGCUAAUCUGAGAGCUUCUGGCGGCAGCUUCCAUGAGCACUAUAAUCCAUUCUAUGACCCAGUAAAUCAUAAUGGUGCACUAUUGCCCCCUGCUGCAGCACUUGCCCCAACACUCUGGCCCCAGUUUUUUUUGAGGUGGACAUGCCCCAUUGAGUCACAAGGUGGUGAUCUUGAAUCCCAGUGGCAUGCUAUGAAUAAAAAAUAUGCAGAUACAAUGAAGGCAAAGGAUAUUGCUGAGUGGAGGGCAAAGGAUAUCAAAUUGAAAUUGGAAUCUAUGAAACAAGACCUGCAGAGGGAGAAACGUAUUAAUAGUACAGCUCUAGCCGCAGCCCGAAGUGCUCAAAGGGAGAAUGCUGCAAUUAAGAAGGCAAUAGAAUCUAUAGGGUGCACAAUUAAAUUUUCGACAAGCGAAAACGAGGACAGAACUGAAGUGCUGUCAUGUUCAUUAGGAAGAGGCACAGAUGGUAGAGCUCAGCAAGAUGAAAACGGUGACUUCUCUGUAGCAAUUGAGGACAGCCUGGUCUCGGAUGCACCGGCGGACCAUUUUUGCGAAUCACUCUGCCCCUUCCGCACAAGAGAAGGGUGCAGAUGGCCAGAUGCUCCGUGUGCACAGCUUGGAAGUCAGUUUGUUGGUUUGAAGGCAAAUUUUGAUGCUUUUGACCGGCUGUCAAUACAUGACUGCUAUUUUGGACCGGAGUAGUUGAUCAUGAACCAGCCGUGUCAGUACACGCUUGGCAGUUGCCAAUGGAUUUUUUCAGUAGUUGGCACCUCCAGGUCGGCAUCAAUAGCAAAAGAAUGCUGAGAAACAACUCAAUGAUGCAUAUUUGACGAGUAUUUACAAAUUCCUUGAUUCAAUAGUUUUUCACUGUCUGGGUCCUCCGAAUCUGCAUCAACAGAAUAACCUGGAAAGCAAAUUAAGGAUGCGUACCUGAUAUGCAUCGGAGGAUCUUUUUUUUUUGUUCCAAUGGUAUUAUAAGCUUCUGUGAGGGAAUUCCAGCGUUCUUUGUUAGUUAGCAAUUUGUAGGAACCACCGAGAUAGAAAUCAAUCCCUUUGUAUAGUUUGGCAAGCCAUUCAUACUAUAAGCAAAAUAAAGCGAAACAUGGAAGACGGUAGUAGUUUGUUACUCUUUUUCUGAUAGUACAGUGUUCGACUUGUAACUCUUAGCUUUAGAAUAAGAUCCAUGCAAAUCCUGCUUGGAAAGGAAAUGUUGUACAUGAAGGUAUAGACACGUGGACUGGUUCCUGAUCCCUCCUUAUAGUUGUAACGAUAUAGAUUUUUUCAAGUGCCAUUGCCUUCCUGAUGUUAA